CCCCAAUGCUGUACUUUAAGGUCCAUAUGGGAGUCGGUGAUCAUGACAGUGCAGCAUUUUUGUCUCUAUGGUAUUUGUCGCAUCGUAGAGACGUCAUCGAGCUUGUGGAGCGGGAACUUUCGUAAGAUCAUGUGAUGAUUGGAAGUGAAAGCAGGUGGUAUGAUCUUAGCAUGCCAAAAUAAUGGCUUAUCAGGAAUUUAUUGUUUUAUACACACAUCAGAAAACUAAAAAAUCUAAAGUGUGGCAAGAUGGAAUUUUGAAGGCCGCAUUUGGAGGAAAUAAGGCAAACUUAUUUGAUGAUAAAGGACAGCUUUUGGAUAGUAUUUUCAUAAAAUUUCAGAUAAAACCUGGUGAUGACUUUGAAUCUGAACGAUAUUUAAUCACUAUAGAAAGUGAAAAUGUUUCUAAAACUGAUUAUAAUCAGUCAAAGAACACAGGACAGCAAAAAUUAACAAGCAAUCCCUUGAAAUCCCUUGCUACUUCAUCCCUAUGCCAUCCAAAGCGAAAAUAUUCUGGUUUCCAAGUACCACGUCAGGUGGAAAAGAAAAAGUUAGUGGAAGAACCUGCGUUGACAUCUACAUCUGACAGUCCUCUUUCAUCCUUCCCCCACCAAUUUUAUGCGUCUUCUCCUUUAUUUUCUGUUCCUUGCCAAAAUAGGGAAGAUGUGGAGCCUGUUAGUUUUCUGGCUUCUACUUCUUUAGAUGAUAAACAUGAACUAGUACAGAAUAAAAAAUGUAAUAGCAAUAGUUUAGCUGUUGAAUAUUUGAAGCCAAAAUUUCAGUUAGAAAAUGCAUUGGUCAAUUCAGGAUAUCAUGCAUUUUCACAGAACAUUCGAAGCAGAUCUAAAAUUAUAGCACUUUUGAGUCAUGACCAACGUGUUUCCACGAGACUAGAAAAUGAGGCUACUGCCUCACUGAAAAAUCUACAGUUUACAAUGAUACAAUCAGAAUCCAACCCAGAAGUUUUAUUGCAAAGAAAAAGCCGAUGGGAUGCUUACAUGCCAUCAUGUUUAUCUGAUGUACACAAUGCAGAAAACAACGAAGAAAAUACUAGCAAUUUGCAAUCAAUUGAAAAGGGCUUAAAUGAGAGUGACUGUGUAAACAGAAGCCAAUACAAUGACCAUAAAGGAAUUCCACAAAUGCCGCCUUCUUGGAAACUUGAUAUUUUUCCUGUUAGUAAAGGUUCUAUUGGAAGUCAGCCAUCUGACUUUUUCCCAAGUGAAACCUUCAUGAAUGAAAGCAAUAACUCUGAAUUAAGUUCACUUCAUAAUGUUAAUUUGAGCUAUGGAAAUGCACCUAAAACAUUUGAAGACUCAUCAGAAUCAAGCAGACAUGGAAUCAUUGGUAAUUUGGAAAGGAGUUGCCCAGGUGCUGACUUUGCAAAUCCAGGAAAACAGUUCACAGAGGUUAACUUUAAUCUUUUAAAUAUGCUGGAUUUUAGUGACACAGAAGAUAAUAACCCUAAUGAAAACAGCAUUGUUCCACAAGGUUCUGUAUGCCUAAGGCAAGAAAUUAAAAAUCAAGUUGAGGUCAGUGCUGAAAAAAACUGUGAUGUAGCACCAUGCGGUAGUGAAAGGAAAGACAAUGUACAGUUAGAAUUUCUACAAGAUCAGGAGCCCAGGAGCUCAGGAUUACAGCCAGCACUUUGUGAUGAAAUUUCUGCAAAGCCUGUCAACAUUAAAGAAAAGAGUACAACUCUUUGGGACAAAAAAUGGCAAAAUUCAGUGGUUUUGAUUAAUGAGAAGACAGACACAAAUACAUUAUAUGCUCAGAAUAUGGAUGUUCACCAGCAAUUACCUUGUGCUAGCAGAAGCUUUGUAAUGGAAAAUGAUGUGGACUGUGAAAUACAUGAUAUUAAAGGAAGUUUUGCUGAAGCAUUUUGUUCUGAAGAUGAGCAGAUACCUUGCCUGCAUUCUGACUCAACAAAUUUGGUAGUUGAAUUUCACGGACACCAGGUGAAAGGCUCAGCAGCUAGUGAGAUGAUGACAAGAGAACACUGUUCGUAUCACAAAAAGGAUCUACAAAGUGAUAUGACCAUAUCUGAAAGUGCUUCAAAGGAUGCAUUUUUUUUCUCAGCCCAAGAACUGAGCUGUCCUGGGGUGCCUGAGUUUGUUAAGUCUCUAGGUUCAAGGAAACUUUCAGAAGAUAAUCUCAGUAACAGUGGAACUAAAACAUUUAGAAAGGAAUUCAAUGUUUUUGAAGAAAAAGGCAAUAAAUUUUUAACAAAGACUGCAUCUUUUAAACCUCCAAGUCAGAUUGUGACAAAUUCUUCCUCAAAUCUAGACUUUACUGAGUCUGCUUCGAAGGAAUUUAAUAAGGACACUUCUGAGCUGUAUUUCCCUGGGGCAGAUAUGGUAAAGAACACUAAUGUACCUAAAAGACAACAAUGCAUCCCAGUUGAAUUUCAGUCUCCAGCACAUUAUAAGAAAGUUUUUACUACUGCAUUGAUAGAACAUUUAAACAUAUUAUUAUUUGAUCUAUCAAAAAACCUACAUAAAGCUCUUGGGAAGGUGGAUAUAUCUUUCUAUACAUCAGUGAAAGAAGGGCAACAAGAGAAAUCUGCGCCUCUCUGCAGCCACAAAAUAGCAACAAAGCUUGUUAUGGUUAGAAAAGAAGGUCGAAAUAAGGGACGUCUUUUCUAUGCUUGUGAUGCUGCUAAGGCAGAUCGAUGUGAUUUUUUUAAGUGGGUUGAAGAUGUAAAACCUAUACAGAUGGAGAGUGAACCUUGUAUUAAACUUCAUGAUAUAAAGAGUAUUGGAACUUAUCUCAGAUGUCAAAGAAUUUCUAUCUAUGAAGAAUGCCAAUUUUUAAUAAGAAAAAUGUUUGAUACUCAAAGAAAACAAUUUAGUAAGAUGAAGAAAUGUAAUAUUGCAAAGGCUAGCUUUAACUGUGAUUCUAAGAGCAAAUUAUUUCUUAAACUGAACCGGAAGGAGCAUUCAUCUACAUAUAGCAAAGAUGAUCUUUGGGUUGUUUCCAAGACUUUGACCUUUGAACCCUUGGACACUUUCAUUGCAUAUAGUGUUUUCUUUGGACCAUCCUCUAAUAAUGAAGUGGAGUUGGAACCUCUCAAUGGUUAUAGCCCAUCAAAUUGGUGCUCAAAUAUGAUUGUUCAUGCCUUGUUUGUGUGUAAUGCUAGCACUGAACUUACAAAUUUGAGAAAUAUACAGGAAAAUGUCAGUUUGAUCACUUUGCCAAUCAUGCAGCAUCUACUUACAAAGGGUUUCAAAGAAUUCUUUCCAAAAACCAAAGAAAGGAAACAAAAGUUUAAACCACCAGCACUAAAUACAAAUGCAAUAAAAUCUGAAAUGUUCAGCCCAGAAAUAGUUAUAAAUCUUGCUGAUAAAAUUAUUCAAGCUUUUCAGCUAAAUAAAGAUCAGGCCACAGCAAUGAUGCAGAUUGGUGCCAUGAUGACAUCUCAAGAAAUUAACACAGAAACAGGGAAGCAUCCGACUUUUCCAAUAACAAUAAUACAUGGUGUAUUUGGAUCUGGAAAAAGCUUAUUGCUGGCUAUUGUUAUUUUAUUCCUGGUACAAAUAUUUGAAAUCAAUGAAGCAGUUAAUGGCAAACAGUCAGUGCCAUGGAAAGUAUUGGUUUCUUCUUCCACCAACAUUGCUGUAGACAGAAUACUGUUGAGCCUACUAGACAUUGGAUUUGAAGACUUCAUUAGAGUGGGAAGCAUUAAAAAAAUUGCAAAGCCAAUACUUCCUUACAGCUUGCAUGCUGGCUCAGGAUCUGAAAAUGAACAGCUGAAAGAAUUACUUGCCUUGAUGAAGGAGGAUUUAAGCCCAGUGGAAAAAAUGUAUGUGAAGAAGACUAUUGAACAACAUAAACUGGGCACCAAUAAAGCUUCCCUGAGAAAGGUGAGGGUAGUGGGAUCUACUUGUGCUGCCUGCUCAUUUCCAUGCAUGAAAAGUCUUAAGUUUCCUAUAGUGAUUCUAGAUGAGUGUAGUCAAAUGACAGAACCAUCCUCUCUGUUCCCUAUUGCAAGUUUUGAAUGUGAAAAGCUGAUUCUGGUUGGAGAUCCUAAGCAACUGCCACCUACCAUUCAAGGGUCUGAAAGUGCACAUGACAGUGGAUUGGAACAAACUCUCUUUGAUCGGCUCUGUUUGAUGGGAUAUGCACCUAUAUUACUUAGAACACAGUAUCGUUGUCACCCUGUUAUUGCUGCUAUAACCAAUGAGCUAUUUUAUGAAGGAAUUAUGUUGAAUGGAAUUUCUGAAACAGAUCGAAGUCCUCUCUUGGACUGGCUACCAACACUGUGUUUUUAUAAUGUUAAUGGAUCAGAACAAAUCGAGGCAGACAACAGUUUCUACAAUAUGGCAGAAUCAUUUUUCAUUGUCAAAUUAAUACAAUCUUUGAUUGCCAGCGGAGUAGAUGGAUCUAUGAUGGGGGUAAUAACUCUCUACAAAUCCCAAAUGAGCAAGAUCCGUAACUUGUUUGGUGCUAUACACAUGGAUGCUGCCCAAAUAAAGUCUGUCCAGGUGUCUACAGUAGAUGCUUUUCAGGGAGCAGAGAAAGAAAUAAUUGUUUUAUCUUGUGUAAGGACGAGACAAGUUGGCUUCAUAGAUUCAGAAAAGAGAGUGAAUGUGGCUCUGACUAGAGGAAAGAGACAUUUAUUGAUCGUAGGAAAUCUAAACUGUUUAAGAAAGAACAAAUUAUGGGGAAGUGUUAUUCAGCAUUGCACAGGUAAAAAAAAAUGGAUUACAACAUGCUAACCAAUGUGAGCAGCAACUGAAUGAUAUUGUUAAAUCUUAUUUCAAGAGAAAGAUGGAAGAAGAAGCCAUCAUGAAAAAGAAAAAAUCUAAAAAUGAAUCACUUUCUCAAAAAACAAAUGCAUAAAUAUACUGGAUUAUAUCAAUGAUUUCAUCUUGAAAAUCAAAAUUAAAUUACAGUUUUUGUAUUUUUAGGUGCCACCAGUAAUACUGUUACAUGAAUUAAAGGGUUUUUUAAAAAAAAAAGUUUAAAUAUAAUGAAUAAUUUUAUAACAAGUAAUUUCUAAUGAAAGCUAACUUACUAGGAACUCUACAUUUCAUGACAACAAACUUUUUCCUCAUAAACAGUUGUUUUAAUUCUUGAACUGCUCUAUAAUACCAUGGCAUUAAAUAAACUCGUAUUUAAAAUAUUUCUCAUGGAUUUUUGAAUAAAAUACAAAUGUAUUCAUAAAUAAUGGAUUAUAGGUUUUGCUAUUACAAUAGAUAAUUACUUUCUGCAAUCAGUUGUGUAAGAUCAUUGUGAAGAAAAGCCAUACUUGGCUUUUUCUCUCUCUUACAAUUAUAUCAUUUAGUAUCAUUGUGCCAGAAGUGACUCUUUAAUCUAUCCAUUCUAGCUCUCUAUUUCAAGCAGGAAUUCAAACUAAGCUCUUACAAAUAGCUACAGCUAAAUUAGAAUACAUGCAAAUGAUGGGUAUUAUAUCUACCUAAUUCUACAGGUAAUUGGUUUCACUGUUAAACCUCAUUUUCUUUUAGUAAAUAUUUUCAGUAAUCUGUCUUCUUGUAACCUAAAUUCGCUAUUUCAUGGCUUCACCUUUUAUAUAAUACCCUGUCAUAUAUUCCGGUGCCAUCCUAUCUCCUCUUCUUUUCUUUUCUGAACACUUAAUAUAAUAUGUCCUUUACAUUUCUGUACUUCUGACUUAAUUUAUAGAUCUCUGUUCAUGUUUAUUCCAUCUUUCAAGUGUCCUGCCAGAACAACACAUGGUAUUCAAGGCGUGUGUCUGAGCAACACAGAAGAAGACCCCAAUAAAGUGUCACUAUUAUAAAUAAACUAUAAUUUAUUAAGCUCCUAUAAUUGUUUUGAAACACUAAAUAUUUUUUAAAAAAUUAAUAAAUAUAUAACAGCAUAUAUUUUUGAAUACCAAUAUUCACUUUGAUCCUGAAAUAUCCUGCAAUAUUCACUUUACCAAACCUGCCAUCUUUGGGAUUUUAGGAGGCAAUA